GGAUUUAGCCUAUGAUCUGUCAAGAAAAUGCAACAGAAAAACCUUUAUUACAUUGUCUCAACAUUAUGAAAAAAGGCUUCGGUGUGCUGCUAUGAGUUCAGUGGCUACUUAAUUAACCAGUUUCAGCCAAGUUGCCUCCUUGGCGACUGCGCGCGCGUGUCUACCAACAUCGUACAAGGACUGUUUGUUGUCCGGUGCCCGGCGACGUCACGGAAUUUGAGAGCGCGACAGUGCGCCCUAGGACUCAAAUACUGUGGCAUGUUUACCGACGUGAGUUUUCCUGAUCCGACUCUUGUUUGGAGCUCGUCUCUCUUGCAUUGGAAUAGUACAAGGGAUAAGUAAAAUAAUCAGAAUCUAUGAUCUCGGUCCCUUUGAUGAAAACAGUCCCAUUUUACCCUCUGACUUCAUGAUCCAAUUGGGUAUAGACAGUCUAUUCGCCAGAGAUGUCCACCGCUGCAACUCCAACCACCCCCUCUCAGUUAACAUCGGAUCAAAUCACGGUCAUUGUGGCAGCAUUUUCAGGUCUGGUGUUCUUUGUGGUGAUCGUGGUGCUCCUGUCCAUAUACCGGAAAGAACCUCACUGCUGCAAGGACACCCAUGGAGACAUGGAUGCCCCUCCUCAGUACUACAGCAGCAGACAAACACUGGUGGGAAACCCCUGUCUGGAACAGACUCAUGACAUCAUACACGACAACACACACUCACAGUCAGGACAGCUGUUCCUUAUCGGCCUGCCCUCCAGCUACCGCCUGCCCUCCCUGGAGGCGCCCCUCCCCAGGCUGCCCUCCUACGAGAGUGUCAGGAAGAAGGACCGCCAGAGACAGAUACACAUGAUGAUCGCUGACCGUUUCGGCCUCAACGGCGCCAUGCUGACUGAGCCCCCUCCAACGUAUGAGGAGAGCAUCCACCACUCCAUUGAAGUGCCCUUUGACAUUCUGGGGUCUGUAAUAGACGCCUCUCAUCCCCAGAACAUUUCCCCUCCGCACCCUGGCACAGACCUUACCACUCAGUCAGAGGUAACCACUCAGUGCCCAUCCACUCAGGAUGCCAACAGUGCCACCCUACCAGUCUGAAUCCUCAGACUCGCUACUGACACAUGAUGACAAGGACAACUGGAGUAUUGAUGCUUUUUAUCCACCUUGAUGUGCCAAACUGGCCAGAGGAUAACAGACAGGGGAAAUGCAUUUACAUUUACAUACAUUUAAGUCAUUUAGCAGACGCUCUUAUCCAGAGCGACUUACAAAUGCACACAUUCUCAAUAGGUUGAAAUUGAUCCAGCAGCCAAUGGGUUGACUGUACUGUAGGAACAUCCUGCAGUGACAGUAUGCUGGAAGAUAGUGACCAAAGAUGGUGAAAUUCUACAUUGCGGGUUACUCCAUACUGACAAACUUGAAUGUCUAAACACCUCUUGUCAGUUGUGAUUUUAAACUGGAGCCUAAAUAAGAUUGGUGAACUGGCAAGACUUGGAUUACCAUUCUUCAGUGAAAAGGGAAACCGUCCUGUAGAUGACCAAUACCAUGACUAUAUAUGUCUGAGGUGGCAGGUUCUAAUGCCAACGUUAACUGUAAGAGGAGACAGGCCAGGUAGAAAGACACUCCAUGACAAAUGUGCUGCUGAAAAACAAAGACUAUUUUGCUGUGAACAGAAAAAGCACCAAAAAGGGAAGAACGAUCUUUAGAUUAAAAAAAAAAAAUGUUUCUCAUAUUUUCUACAUUUGAUCAUGGUAACCCCUUUUGAUCAUUUUAUGGAUUAAAGUAAUCUGGAUUAUUGUUUUUUGGGGAACUGUGUUGUAGCAAGUCCUUUUCUGAGUAAAAUCACUCUCCUCUUUUAGUGCAAUGUACGAGCCAAAAACGUAUAAGCGUGAGAUGUAAAAUGCUCAUAUGUCCUACCCUGCUGAGCUUGGGUUGUACAACUGAGCCAGCUACAACCUGUGUGUUAGUCUUGGAACCUGUGAAGAGUGAGUCAACAACACCAAACCUGUGUUGGCUCUGGUAACGAGUCUUAAAUGCCCAAUGCAGCUGUUUUUAUAUCAAAUCAUUUAUGGGUAACAAUAAUGUACCUUACUGUGAUGGUUUUCUAUUCAAAUGAUCAAAAUGGUUUUUUGUUGCUUUUAAGCUUUUUAAGCGUUAAACAUUUUAACAAGCAAGAUUUGUGGUCCGAGUGGGGAGGAGAAAAGGGAAAACUAGUUGUUAUUGUUAGAGAGGUUUGGAACUCUUUGUUAUUAAUCUAUUAACUAAUUUACCACCUGGUGAUGUCACCAGGCAUGCCGAAACUUCACCAUGCAAAACCUGCUGUUUAGAAGGUCCUAUGUAGAAUGUAUUUUCAACCAGGAAAUAAUACUGAUCAAAUCUUGUUAGUUUCAUCAGCUGUUGUACAAUAUGAUGCAAAACACAGAAAACUUCAUUUUGACUGCACAGGGCCUUUAAGAUACAAUUCAGCAUUGGGAUUGUGGGAAGCGUUAACUAAGUAGCUAGCUUUGUUUAUUCAAGAGCUCUGUGAACAGUGAAUGAGAAUAGCUGUGUAAAAAGCUUUUUUUUGUUGGUUAACUGGGCUGCCUGUCUUAACAGUCCCUGCACAAGCUUGAGAAGAAACCAGUAUGAAUGACAAGAAAAAGUAUGUAAUAUUUCCCUCACAUCAUGUCUGAAACAAAAGUAUGAGGUGUCAGCAGCCGUUAGCAAGUAGAGAAAAGUCUACUCAAAAGACAGCAAUUGGGAAAUACUUGUACAAGUGUAAGAGUGAGAAUUGGAGUUGAUGAUCAUUUAUAGACCUGUCUGUCACGUAAACUAAUUGAGAUGGUGGUGGCUUCUAGAUAAAGACAUGUUUAACAUAGCGCCUGUGUGCUGUCUCUGUCUGGCCUUAAUGUCCACUAGUUUCCUUUUCACCUCAUUUAACACAUGAUUUACUAACAAAAGGCACAUCUCAAUAGGUGGUCCAGGUAUGACAUGACAUGGAACAAGCAGGGGGAGAGGCAGGUGGUACUUUCCUCUUUUGUUCUCUAUUGUUCCUCAAACAAGGAGGAGGAUGAUGACAUCACAUCUGACCAUCUCCUUGUAUUUGAUUUAUUUAACCUUUAUUCAACUAGGCAGUUAGGAACAGUGGGUUAACUGCCUUGUUCAGGGGCAGAACGACAGAUUUUUACCUUGUCAGCUCGGGGAUUCGUUCUAGCAACCUUUCGGUUACUGGCCCAACGCUCUAACUACUAGGCUCCCUGCCGCCCUUAACCUGCCACUCCAAAAUCCUUGAAGUUAACUUAAAGUUUGUGGUUGUCUCAAAUACACUAUUUUGCUCAAAACAUAUUUUUUGGAACCCUUUAGUGUAUGUAUUUAUACUUGGGAUAUUUGAACAGGAAAAGUAAAAUCACUGGAGGACGUCUAACUUUCACUUUUCGAACCCUCUAAACUGCACUUUACAUUGGCGGGAGCAGUGUUUUUGUGCAUUUUGAAUGACCCUGGAACCUAACUUUUAUACAAGUGAAUUAAUGACCUGUAAGUUUACUUUGAGCCCACCACCAAGUUAUGUCUGACCUGUACACACACAUUGAACAUAUGUAUGUAAAUAAUAAACUGUUAUUAAAUCAAA